AUGGCGUCCUCUUCCUCGAACGUGGUGGGUGUCCACUACCGCGUGGGCAAGAAGAUCGGUGAAGGCUCUUUCGGUGUCAUCUUCGAGGGCACCAACCUGUUGAAUAACCAGCAGGUGGCCAUCAAAUUCGAACCCCGAAAGAGCGAUGCUCCUCAGCUGCGUGAUGAGUACCGUACCUACAAGAUUUUGGUCGGAUGUCCUGGUAUUCCCAAUGUCUACUACUUCGGACAGGAGGGUUUGCACAACAUUCUCGUCAUCGACCUCCUUGGACCCAGUCUUGAGGAUCUUUUCGACCACUGCAACCGUCGGUUCUCCACCAAGACCGUCGUGAUGGUCGCCAAGCAGAUGCUUUCGCGUGUCCAAACCAUUCACGAGAAGAACCUCAUUUACCGCGAUAUCAAGCCCGACAACUUCUUGAUCGGUCGCCCUUCGACCAAGGCUGCGAACGUCAUUCAUGUCGUCGAUUUCGGAAUGGCCAAGCAGUACCGUGACCCCAAGACCAAACAGCACAUUCCCUACCGUGAGCGCAAGUCUCUGUCGGGUACCGCUCGUUACAUGAGUAUCAACACACAUUUGGGCCGUGAACAAUCACGACGAGAUGAUUUGGAGGCUCUGGGUGGUCUCCCCUGGCAGGGGUUGAAGGCUGCUACCAACAAGCAGAAGUAUGAGAAGAUUGGUGAGAAGAAGCAAACCACCGCCAUCAAAGAUCUUUGCGAUGGAUACCCUGAAGAAUUUAACAAGUAUUUGAGCUACGUUCGCAACCUUGGUUUUGAGGACACUCCCGACUACGACUACCUCCGUGAUAUUUUGACACAAGCCCUCAAGAACGCCGGCGAAGUUGAGGAUGGAGAGUACGACUGGAUGAAGCUCAAUAAUGGACGCGGAUGGGACUACAAGUCAUAUAGCUCGGGACGCGAAUUGCCUCACCAGACCUCGACGGGACGCGAUCUGCACGGAAGUCAGCUCCGUAGCAGCCAGCGUCCCGGUGUGACUGCCGAUCGUUUAAACGCUGCGCAGCCCCCGCCCCCUUCUCCAGCCAAGGCCGGAGCUGGGAAGACGCGCGAUCGCCCAAGCGGAUCCGGCGGUAUGCCUCCCAAACGCCAGAGCGGGGGCCUGGAAGCAACGACUCCAACCGCAUCCACCCAGGCUCAAUUCCAGAACUCUAACGCCCACCUUCCCGGCCGCAUGGGAAGCCCCGGAAACCCUGCUAUGAGCAGCCAGCAGGUUGGUGGCCAAGCAAGCAAUGAACCGCAGCCCACUUUCGCGCAGAAGGUGAUGAAGGCUCUGUGCUGCGGUAGGUGA